AAAUUUUGUCAAUAAUUUCAAUUCCCCGACCAAUUAUUUCAAUUAUUAGGCGAAAAUUGUCAAAGCGGUGCUCAAAUUUGUGUGUUUUUUGGCCGGGAAGUGGUCAUUGUGUGAAAUUGGGUGCGAAUAAUUGUAAAUUCCCGGGAAUUGAGUGCGCGUGCGCACUUUUUUAUAAAUAGCUUCUUUUAGUAUCAAAUUUCUGGUUUUUAGUCGUGUAGUGAGUACGUUGGGUAGUUGUCGUUUUAAAUAAAAAACCUGUGGCGUGCCAAAUUGGAACGAAUUAUUUUUGCUAGAACUUAAGAUGGCCGAAACUGUAAAAAAGUCCCGAAUUGUAAGUGACAACGACGACGAUCUCGAGGAAGCUUUGAUGGAAGAAUUUAACCAGAGGCUAAAAAAAUGCAUGAGCCAAGACGAUCUCCAACAAACCGCCGAAGAAGAGGAACAGGAAAACAUCAACGAGAAGUUUAUCCAGGCGGAGAAACAAAACGGCUAUCCGAAAGAUAGCAUUUAUGAAAAUGUCGGACACCAAACGAAUAAGACUGAAUUAGAAAAAUCGGACCAAUAUAUCGACAUGAGCGGCAAUCCGGAAGUGAAAGACGAAGAAGUCGCCGUUUACGAAGACAUCGACGACGAUUUGCCGAUAAAAGAAAAGCCAAAUUUAAUUUUAACCGACUUGUGUGAUGUUAAGCCAAAUGAUAGUAGUGAAACGAAAUCGGUGAAAGACCGAAUGUUGUUAUCAACGGAUGUGGCACCGUGUCUCCUUUUCACCCAAACGGUGACCUCACCGAUGCUAACACCGUCCGAGGAAAACAUCGAUUUUUUGAAAGGCUUUCGCCGAGAAUCGACCGACGAAACGAAAGACGAAAACAUCUACGAAAACACCGAGUUUCUCAAAAAUCAAACCAACGAAGCGAUUUACGAAAACCUCAAAGAGAACAUCUACGAAAACGUGAAAGAGUUGAACGGGAAGCAGGAAGCUGGUGAGGAAAUAAUUUACCAAAACGUGGAGGAAUUGCGCGAUAACAACGAGGACGAAAUCGAAGAGGAAAAAAGCGAAGUGGUGGACGAACCGGUUGAUGAUGAUGUUACUAAUCAAAUCGAUUUUGAAAGCGAAGAGAGCACACAAGUGACCGAGUCGUACGUUGAAACGACGACGUUCGAAUCAAACUCGUCGGAAAAAGGCAUAAAAAAGAAAAAAUCGAAAAAGUCGCGAAAAGAGGAAAAAGAGAAUAUUUCUGUUAAUGGCACUAACACUGUUUGCGAGGACUCUUUUUAUAACGUUAACGUGAAAAUUUUGUGUAGAAGUUUCGGAGACCUGACUAAAAUCAGCGACGAGUCUCAAAAGCGAACGCGUACUAAAUCUUUGUCCGAUGCUAGUAACAAAAUUGAAAACGUCUUCUUUGGAGUCUCUGUGCGAGCCUUGAGAGAGAAAUUCUAUUGCAAUAGCGGCGAUUGUAGAGCGAAAAGUGCCGACGGGAAGUCGAGUUUUAGCAAAUUCGAUGCGUUGCAAAAGAAAAAUGUUCUGCAUAUCCGCUCGUCGGACUCGUCGAAAGCACAAGAAAAAUUCAAUGGUGCCCAAAUCGAUCCGUCGAAUUGCCGAUCUUGCGGAAAAGCCGUUUUCCAAAUGGAGCAAAUCAAAGCCGAGAAGGCCGUCUGGCAUAAAAAUUGUUUCAGGUGUACAGAGUGCAAUAAACAACUAAAUGUCGAUACAUAUCAAAGUAAUGAAGGAAGCCUUUACUGCAAACCCCAUUUCAAAGCCUUAUUUGCCCCCAAAGCCGUCGAAGACGAUGCCUCUCCCAAACCUAGAAAACCCGAAUUGAUUAUUCGGGAAAGUCAGCCGAUUGAAUUGCCACCUGAUGUUGUUAGAGCCAGUGACAAGCCUGACUUGGGUUUGGAGGAGCUUCAAAGUCUGAACGUGAAAGAACGUUUUCAAGUUUUCGAACAUCAUCAGAGUGAAACAAGUGAAGAACGAAUACCGUCCCAUGUCAAUGUCAAACGUUCACCUUCGAUUCUCUCGAAACUAGCAAAAUUUCAGGCGAAAGGAAUGGAUAUCGGGGUCGCCGAUGAUUCCCUGAACGGUAUCCCGAUUGAAGAGAGUUCCUCCGAGGAAGAGGAGGAAGAAGACGAUGGAAUUGAGGGCGAAGAUGCCGAUUUAAUCCGAGCGAAGCGAGUGCAAAAAGAAAAACCGUUUCAUUUUACGGGAAUGUCGGAUGUUAAGAGUCGGUGGGAACAAGGGGAGCAAACCACGUCGCGAGACGAACGAAGAGAAGAAAGGAAACAGGAAAUACAAUCGAUAAGAAACCGACUAUUUAUGGGAAAACAAGGCAAAAUGAAGGAGGCGUACCAACAGGCCGUAAUGGAGUCGGAAUCGUGUACCAACUUGAAGAAGGAAACCCCAAUCGAAGUGUGCGACACAAAGUCGCUGAAAGAGAAAUUCGAAAAGGGCGAAGUGGUCCAAGAACGCGCCCGUGAAAAAGACGCAGAAGAGAACGAAGUGUACGAGAGCGAGAUUAGUAAAAAAUCGCGGUCGCUUUUCCUCGAAUUGGACGCGAACGCGUCAAAACCGCCACAAAUAACACCGAUUACGACGCCGAAAAUCGACGUGAAGAAAGCACGCGAUAAUUAUUUGUCGAGAUCGGCAUCGGAAGAUGUUGUUAAAUCAUCGGUGAAUGUCGUGGACGAUGUACAAAUUCGCACUUCUGAUAUUCAGCAACGUUUCAAAUUUUUCGAAACGUACAAAGAACCGGAAAAAGAGAAGAAAAGUUUUCGGAUAACGCCGCCUCGCGAGGGACAAGUCAAGGCGCCUACGCCCGACCGCGAAGUCUACAGAGACCCGGAAAUCGUCCGUUCGGAAGAAAUCAUCGAAGAUUCGGUCAUAGCUAAAGAAACGCACACCGCUACAAAAAUGCUCAACAAAUUUCGUCAAAUGGAAGAAAACCUCGCAAAAGAACCCCAACCCAUCGGCCCUAAACCUUUAAAACGGUUCACUCCACCCCCGGAACCCACUCGUCCCGAAUCGAACAGUGAGGCUGAAAGCGAUUCCGGCGAAGAAACCGAAGAAGAGGACGAAAUCGAUCGCGGAAAAAUCGCCGACGAGGAUUUAAUCGAGGCACAAAAAGCGGCCAGAGCGAAGCAAUUGCGUGCCAAAUUCGAGCGAUGGGAAGCCAACGAAAUUAAAAAGGAGCAAAAUAAUAGUUCGGUGAACAUUAUUGAGGAACUGGGGGAAGAGCAGUCGCAAAUCGAGUCGACCAAAACUUUAAGGGCCCGGUUCGAGUCAAUGCGGGAGAGCAGCACGGAGACGCGACAGCCGAGGGUGAAAGUGAACCGAUUUGUGGAGCUUCCGAAUGUUACGGAAAGGUGCGAAAGUUGCAAUUCGAGAGUGUAUCCUUUAGAGAAAAUUUCCGUACACAAUCACAUCUAUCACAAGAGUUGCUUCAAGUGCAUGGAAUGUAACUGUGUCUUGAGGAUGGAUUCGUAUUCGUACAAUCAAGGUCUUUUAUACUGCAUGCCACAUUUUAAGCGCCUUUUUAUUUCCAAGGGUAAUUACGAUACCGGAUUUGGGUUAGGUCAGCAUAAAGAAAAGUGGAACGCCACCAUAGCUUAGUGUGAUAAAGCGCCUAAUUGCCUAGCACUUGAUUUCCGUACUUACGCAUUUAUUUUUCUAUAUAUUUAUGCAAGUUUAUGAUUAUUAUCCAUUACCAGUUAUGUGAUUUUAUCCGAAUAAAUUUUAUCGAAACUGA